UUUGAGGCAACAUAAAUGAAGGUAAAUUACGACGCCCUCUCUGCUGCUGCUGAGACUUAUCCGAUUUCUGAUUUCAUCUCCAAAUAUCUUCUCAGCUAUGCUCCUCCCAAUUCAAUCCAUCUCUCUUUCGAUGAGUCUCAAAUCUUGACUCUACUGUUGAAUACACACAAAAAACAAUUAGAAGAAGAAGUUAUGACGGCGGCGUUUCAACUUUCGCUCUCCUCAUUCCUCCCGUCCCCUCUUCCCACCACCGCAGCUCCGCCACUCCGCAGAUUCACUGUGUUGUGCUCCGUCGCAUCAUCAACAUCGGAUUUGCCCAAGAAGAAGCACUGGAAGGCCGGAGAAUAUCCUGCUGAAAUACAGACGCAAUUAUCCAAAAGGAGAGCCCCUAUCAAAAACAUCAAGAAGAAGCUCGAUAGGAAGAGCAAUGCCGCAGCUUGGGCUAAUACUGUCACCGAAUCUCUCUCCGAUGCCAUUGACAAAAAGCAGUGGCUCCGAGCCCUUCAGGUGUUUGAGAUGUUAAAGGAGCAAUCUUUUUAUCAACCAAAAGAAGGGACAUAUAUGAAGCUCAUUGUUCUUCUCGGGAGAUGCGGGCAACCUGGUCAAGCCUGCCAACUGUUUGAUGAAAUGCUUCAAGAAGGUUUGGAACCUACCCCUCAGCUCUACACUGCGUUGCUUGGUGCUUGUUGCCGCAGCAAUUUGAUUGAUAAGGCAUUCUCCUUUCUGGAACAAAUGAAAGCUCUUCCUCAUUGCCAGCCUGAUGUCUACACAUACAGUAUACUCAUCAAGGCCUGUGUAGAUGCUGCUCGUUUCGAUCUGCUCGAGUCCCUCUACGCUGAAAUGGCUGAAAGGUGGAUUACUCCAAAUACCGUUACUCAAAACAUAGUUCUGAGUGGUUAUGGCAAGGCAGGGAGGUAUGAAGAUAUGGAGAAGGUUCUCACCAGGAUGCUCGAAAGUGAGACGAGCAUACCUGAUGUAUGGACUAUGAAUACCAUCAUUAGCUUGUUUGGGAAUGAUGGUCAGAUUGAGAUGAUGGAGAGGUGGUAUGAGAAGUUCCGUGACUUUGGAAUAGAGCCAGAAACGCGCACUUUCAACAUUCUGAUCGGUGCUUAUGGAAAGAAGAGGAUGUAUGAUAAGAUGUCGUCUGUGAUGGAGCACAUGCGCAGGCUUUCAUUUCCUUGGACAACCUCAACUUAUAACAACGUGAUUGAGGCAUUUUCUGACGUUGGUGAUGCAAAGCACAUGGAGUACACGUUUGAUCAGAUGCGCGCUGAAGGUAUCAAGGCAGACACCAAGACCUUCUGCUGUCUCAUCCGAGGGUAUGCCAAUGCCGGCCUCUUUCAUAAGGUUAUCAGCAGCGUGCAGUUGGCCGGGAGAUUGGAGAUACCUGAGAAUACCUCUUUCUUUAAUGCAGUGCUACAUGCUUGCUCCAAGGCACAAGAUUUGAUGGAAAUGGAAAGAGUAUUCUACAGAAUGAAGGAGAAGUUAUGCAGACCAGAUUCCACAACUUACUCCAUAAUGAUGGAUGCAUAUAGAAAGGAGGGUAUGAGUGACAAGGUCCAUAAUCUGGAGCAAGAAAUGCACAAGAUGACUGCCAAGGUUUCAAAUGGAAAUGAUUUCGGUGAAACUGAGGAUACCCUUGAUGUCAAUGAGUUGUUGCCUGUCUGAAUGCUUCUCGGGUUAAGUGGUUAUAGCCAUCGUUGAAAACUCAUUUGAGAAGGACUUGUCCAAAAUCAGCCUCAUUACAUGAAGCUAGAGAUGUUUUGGGCAAUGAAAGAUUUGGUCUGCUGCUAUGUCUCUUCCCAUGUGGUGAUCCUGAAUCAAAGAAGUGGUUUAAUUCAACGGCAACUCGAUGGAUGCCUGCUAUGGGUAAGAAGGGAAUUGGUAGAUUGAACUAACUGUGUUGUCAUUUUGUGAUGUGAUUUCUGCUGUUCUACAUGUCUUUUUUUCCCUUUAAUCUAACAAAUCUGAGUAGUUUUCGAGCUUGAAUUAGGUUUACUGUGUAAUCAAGGCAUCAAAUGACCUAAUUAGAUCAGUGUAAAUUCUAUGGGUUGAGAAUUGUUAGGAGCCUUGUAUUUAGAUGGAAAUAACUUUCCCACCAUAAGAAGCUGUGAGGUUGAAAUCUAA